AUGCCCCUCUCACCCCCUUUCCGUCCCACCGCAAGUGGUUCCUCCUCACCACCUCCCUCAAAUGGCCCCUUACCGACCCUCCCAUUCGAGAUCAUCCGUCGAAUCAUCUAUCAUCGAUUGUCCAUCUCGUCCUCCUACCCCUCAGAGCUAGAAGAUGAUUAUAACCCCUCUUGGGAUUCGUGGAACGGGAUGAAGGGGAAGAUCUCAGCUGAGAAGAAAUUGGAUGAGAGAAGGGACGUUACUAGAUCGGCGAGGGGUUUGAUGAUUGUAUGUAAAGCUUGGAAGCCCUUAGUGAUGAAAUACCUCUACUCCUCUCCUUAUCUAACUACCAACCUUUCUUCUCUGGCUUCUUGCGUGUUAUAUGGCGAUUCCAAAUGGUCCGAUAUCAACCUUCAUACAUUCUCCAUUCCAGGUAGAUACAUCACACUCCUUGACCUCAGUACGUUACCUUCAAGAAUCCAUCCAACGGAAAUCCGUAAGAGUGUUAUGGCUAUAUUCCCUUUGAUACCCAAUUUGGCUCAUCUCAAAUUACCUUCUGGACCACUCCCAUUCCCUUUAGAAGAGGUGGGAUAUGCACCGUUCGUCAAGAAUUUAAAAUGCCUGGAGGGGAUACAUGUGGAUUAUGCUGAUGGGUUAGUAGACUUGUUAAAGAAACUUACAAAUCUAGAGGUUCUUGAUGUUGUCGGUUCAACGACAUCACACUCAUCGGAUCAAGUCGAGGGUAGAACCCAAAUAUUGAAUCUACCAAAAUUGCAUACGUUGAAAUUGGAAGAUAUCAAUUCUGGUCAUUUGUUAGAUUGCCUGAUCCAAUCUGAAUUACCGAGUUUGAAAAGAUUGGUUAUAAUUCCUUCAUCAAGUGGUGCGAUAUCGGCUUUUCAAGAUAUUCACAGCAGCAAAAUUAGAUCGUUGACAUAUCUACAAAGCAAAUACUCUAUUUGGUCAACUGCAGAAGACGGGUUGAUACCCUGUGUUAAGAUUUUGGAAUUAUAUCCGAAUCUACACCAUUUAUCAUUCCUCAUACCGGAUUACGACCAAUUGGAACUGAUCAUCGAAUCACUUCGACACUCACCUAAUCAUCCUCUAAGUGUGAUUACUAUAUAUAAAUGGCAAGCACCUUCUACUGUUUCAAAUUCGGAUGGACAACUUGCCUCAGAGGGCAGGAGGGGUAAAGAUACUUUAUCGUUCCUUAAUGGAAUGGCUGAAAAUCCACCAAGGGGAUUAAAAAGAAUCAAUCUAGAUGGAUUUAAAUGGGUUAAGUUGGAAUUAGGUAAAAUAGCUUUAGAUGCAGGGAAAUCAGGUCAGAUGAGGAAGAUAGCCGAGAUACUAGAUAAAGUGGGGAUUGAGUUGGGAGAUAUGGAUGGGAAUUUGUCGCCUUCUCCGCCUUAUACCGGUAUAGGAAUCGGGGCAGGGGAGAAGGAAAGGGUGUAUGGACCUUUGAUUGGUGGACGGAGGAGAUCAUCGGGUGGACAAGGGUUGUUGAGGAUGAACAUGAUUGCGUUGAGUGGGAAGGGGAUAGGGACUGAAAGAGGGAGUGAAGAAGAAGAUGGUGGAUGA